GUACAGGCGGUCGGGAAAUCUUCAAGUAAAUAACGUUAACGGGGGAGGAGCAGUCCUAGUGCAGCCUGCGGGGAAAAAACAACACUUUAAAAUCGUGUUGCGCUGAGCUUCAAAUAUUAGAGAUCGCAAUAUUACACAAAUAUGGGACAGGAGGAUCUCAUGAGCACAGCCGAAGACGUGGCAGACCAGUUUCUUAGGCUAACCAAACAGUAUCUGCCCCACCUGGCACGUCUGUGUCUCAUCAGCACUUUCCUGGAAGAUGGCAUCCGCAUGUGGUUCCAGUGGAAUGAGCAGAGGGACUACAUCGAGGCUACCUGGAGCUGUGGCUACUUCCUGGCUACGUCCUUUGUGCUGAUGAACCUCGUCGGACAGCUGGGUGGUUGUGUCCUCAUCCUCAGUAGAAAUUUUGUACAGUAUGCCUGCUUUGGACUAUUUUCCAUCAUAGCGCUACAGACUGUUGCAUACAGCAUUUUAUGGGAUCUCAAAUUUUUGUUGAGAAACCUCGCCCUCGGAGGUGGUCUGCUGCUGCUGCUGGCCGAGUCUCGUUCGGAAGGAAAGAGCAUGUUUGCUGGAGUACCCUCCAUGGGGGAGAGUUCGCCAAAGCAGUACAUGCAGCUGGGUGGUCGAGUCCUGCUCGUGCUCAUGUUCAUGACUCUGCUGCACUUUGACUCCAACUUCUUCUCUAUCCUGCAGAACAUGGUUGGAACUGCACUCAUCAUCCUGGUGGCCAUAGGCUUCAAAACCAAGCUGGCGGCGUUGACCCUGGUCGUGUGGCUUCUGGCCAUCAACAUCUACUUCAACGCCUUCUGGACCGUCCCCGCCUACAAGCCCAUGCACGACUUCCUCAAGUACGACUUCUUCCAGACCACCUCGGUCAUCGGUGGUCUGCUGUUAGUGGUGGCACUUGGACCUGGAGGAGUGUCCAUGGAUGAGAAAAAGAAAGAGUGGUAGGCCAAGGGGGGGUUAUGAUACGAGGAUUGCACACCACCACUAACUUCCCCCACCCAUUGGGACUCAAAGACCUUCCCUCCUCCAGUUCCACCCACCAGGGAACACCGCUUCUGGUUUAUUUGGUAUCAAUCCAGUGACACCAUGUCACUCAUUUAUGGACAUUUGUUUUCUAUUUUACGUCAUGCAUAAUGCCAUGUUGGUUUUCCAUAACAAUAAUAAAAAAGACGUGUUUCAAAGAUA